GCCCUAUAAAUUCGACGUCGUUUCGUUCCCCUCUGCAUUCCAACCAAAACGUGUCGCCGGAGAUUCAAAGCGAGACUACGACGUCGUUUGCUACUCACUUCAAUCGCCGAUUGCGUCGCCGUCGAGUCGAAAGUUCGUUGUUGUUCUGUGAUUGCGGUUUUAUUAUUUUCCUUGCUGUGAUCGUUUUGUGAAUAAUAAUAUUACUAAUAAUUCUGUUUUCUCUGUUAGGUAAUGUUGCUGUGUUUUUUUUUUAAUUAAUUAAUUAUUAUUAAUUUCGUUGCCGUUUUGUAGGCGAAGAUAGUCGUUUCGGUUGCUGCGUUUUACGUUUUCUGGUGUUUGAAUUAUGUGCAAUUUUGAAUUCUAAGUGUUUGUUUGUUUUGGUUGUGUGAUUGAUUUGUUUGCUUUUGUGGUACGUAGCUGCUUGCUCAAUUCGAUGUUGUGAAAAUCAAGGUUUUGUUUGGUUUAGUGGAAUUUAUAAAAACCUUGGUUUUCUGGCAUGAAUUGUUGUUGUUGUUGUUACUGUGGAUGAUCUAUGAUGGCAUUGUAUAGGUUGUGUAAUAAUAUCAUAGAAAUUGAGUCAGAAAAUGAAGCCUCGAUUCAACCGGUGGCUGGUGGCAAAAGGUUUUGGUUCGGUUCAAAAACUGCACUUUGUGUAGUUCUUCCUUCCAACGGUUAUUAUUUAAUUUUCGGGUUUUAUAAUUCAAAUUAUGAAUAUGAUAAUGCUGUAAGGUUCGGAUUGUGACAGUUCGUAUCUUCAUAUUGUGUUGAAUUGUUGGAAAAAGCUAAAACUAAACCGUUAGUUGUCCGCGAUCUGCAAUGUUUUUAAAAAUCAGUGUUCAAUUGGACGAACCAUGAACCGGUUUGAUUAUAUUUCAACCCCUGUUGAAUCAUUGACUUAGAUGGUUUCGAACUAUGAUCCAAACCCUUUUUGGUUUAGCUAGUUUUGAACUAUGAUCCAAACCCUUUUUGGUUUAGCUAGUUUUGAACUAUGAUCCAAACCCCUGUUGAAUAUCUGGUUCGGUAUUUGAAACAUUGGUUUGCUGUGCUUUGUGCAAAUCACAGCCCUUAGUGGGUUAUGAUAAGAAUCUAAGCGAAAAAUAAGGCACAAAGCAGGUUGUGGUUAAAGUAAUAAGAUAGUUGGACAUCUUUUACCAGUUACUUGAAUGGAUAGGAAUGAUCUGUAUAGGUCUUUCAGAGAAAAUUUUAGGAGACUCGAGGCAGGUGAAUGGCUAUAUCAGUUUAGAUUCUAUGUAGAAGUCUAUUGCAGGAAAAUGCGAUUUGCAUCCAAAGGGGACUACCCAGUUGCAGAAAGCUACUGCUGCUUGGAUACUACUACUCCUUUGAAGGGAAGACUGACCAAACAAGUAUACCUUUUACUGCCUUAGCUGUCUCUAUUCGUCUAUGAUCCGUACUGUGGGGAAUCACUUUGGAGCCAGUUGAUGUUGUUAAAGCUUCUAAUGGGUGGGAAUGUGGGAUAUCCCUUGUGCAUUCUUCCUAGAACUAUUCAUAUGAUUUUUUGCCAGUUUAUGGACAGUGACAAGGCUGGCUUGAUCCUACUCCCAUUGUUUAUCGGUGCCAAUGUUUCCUUCUUCCAGCCUUUGUUUUGUUGUGUGAACGCAUAGUCCACUGUCAAGUUACCUAGUUAACAAAGUAAAGGGAUAUAAUUUGAUCCAAAGGAAUCUACAGAGGUGCAGAUGAUAUGGAAUUUAUUGAGUAUUUCCUUUUGGUAAGUUUCAGUUCUUGGAGGAGUCAAUGCAGAACUGCAUUUCAGGUUGGAGUGUCUAUUGAUUCGCUCCAGUAUAGUUGGAUUUGGUUCUGGGAGUUCUUCAAGGAUUCAAGUGAUCAUUCAAUGCUAUGGAUUUUCUAUUUACAGCUGCAGGCUGUCAAGUAGCCCAGUUCUGCUUGUAGUAGUAUAUGGAAUUCUUGUAUAUACACUUGUUUUGAUGUGUUCCCCUCGUGGAGUAGUGCUGAUUGGAGCUGCGUUUUGUUGUUGCUGAUUUCAAUUGGUCUGCGGCAAUGUAGAAGAAACCACCGAUUCAUUGGUGUUUACCUGGCUUGAUGGGGUGACUAAAUAUGCCUUUAGAAAUUUUAGGAUUAUUUCUAAAUGUGUUCCUGCAUGCAGGUUCCUAAGCUUACUUCUUGCCUCUAGAUAGUUCGUAAUCUUAUCUGAGGGUAGCUAGUACCAUGGGAGAGGUUGCAGUGAUGCACUCUGAGCCUCUGCAGUUUGAGUGCAAUGACAUUAAACACAUGACCGAGAAGGAAGUGUAUCCUUCAGAAUCAAAUGCAGAGCACUUACCUGGAGAAGAAUUAAGUCAAUCUAUGGAUCACAAAGAUAUCAAUGACUUGCGAGAGAAAGGAUACAUGGAGCAUGGAUGUCAACAUUACCGGAGAAGAUGCCGUAUCAGAGCCCCCUGUUGUAAUGAGAUUUUUGAUUGUCGCCAUUGUCACAAUGAGGCAAAAAAUGAUAUAAACAUUGAUCAGAAGCAUAGACAUGACAUUCCCCGCCACCAAGUCAAACAGGUGAUUUGUUCACUUUGUGGAACCGAACAAGAGGUUCAGAAAUACUGUAUAAAUUGUGGUGUUUGUAUGGGCAAGUACUUCUGUGGAACAUGCAAGCUUUUUGAUGAUGAUAUCUCUAAGCAGCAGUACCAUUGCAGUGGCUGUGGAAUUUGCAGAACUGGAGGAAGCGAGAAUUUUUUCCAUUGCUAUAAGUGUGGUUGUUGCUACUCAACUCUGCUUAAAAAUAGUCACCCCUGCGUAGAAGGAGCAAUGCAUCAUGACUGCCCUGUCUGUUUUGAGUAUUUGUUUGAAUCAAGAAAUGAUGUCACUGUCAUGCCAUGUGGACAUACAAUGCACAAGAGCUGCCUGAAUGAAAUGAGAGAACAUUUCCAGUAUGCGUGCCCUCUCUGCUCGAAGUCAGUCUGUGAUAUGUCAAAGGUUUGGGAGAAAUUUGACAUUGAGAUUGCUGCUACACCAAUGCCUGAGCCAUAUCAAAACAAAAUGGUUUGGAUCCUGUGCAACGAUUGUGGAAAAAAUUCAAACGUCCAGUUUCAUUUUAUGGCUCAGAAGUGCCCGAACUGCAAAUCCUACAACACACGACAAACAAGAGGCUGAGGAAGUGGCAACGAUUAUUCAUUGGUUUCAUCAAAAGCCUUCACUUGAGUUCUCUUGAUAUUGUCGUGAUUCGUGUGAAGCCAGUGACAAUCCAUGUUGAUGUGCACAGGUGGAAUUUGGACCGCAAGAUGAACCACAUUCAAAGGGAUAGAACAAUGUUUCCUGUGUUGAUUUGGUGUUGUUGGAGCCACUUGAUGGAAUUGCCCCUAGAGGUUUUCGUGUAUGAUAAUUGUUUUAGUAAUUAUAAUAACUUAGGAGUCUGUCGAAAAGUAUUGUUUCUAAUUUUAGUUUCAAUCGAUGGUUAUUCUACUUAAAUUACUUUAAAGUGAAAUUCAUGCUUCUAGUUAUUUUUA